AUCACGAUUAUUUUUACACUUAAUAUCGCCUCUCAGUGUGGUUGGCUGCGGCCAUGACAUACGGUCUGUGCUGUCCUACGCGCACUGCAUCUUUGGACCUAUAAGAUCAUUGUUGCACACUGGACGCGGAGCAGAUAACAGAUAGCGCCGCUCAUGUCAUUUCCUACGAAUUGCAGCGACCUCCCGAAUCCCUUCACGCCGCUAGCGUUUCAUCCACAGGCCGUCGCCACGGGGAUCGAAGUGGGACGUUAUGUCACAGUCACCACGGCGGGGGCCUUACUCUGGGACGUGCUCAGUAACAUAUUCAGUAAAUAUGACAUCCUCUUCAACCACCGGCUCACUUUUACAACUCUUGUCUAUGCUAUGGCGAGGUUAUCCACGGUUCUCUUCGUAUUGCUCUCCGCGGUGUUCCAAACUGCGCCGGUCAAACAUUGUACCAUCUUUCAGCAAGUGAGGAUGGCGACUGUGGUAGCCACCAUAUCCACCACGACGCUCUUAUUCCACAUACGCCUACGCGGAAUUUAUCAAAUGCACAGAUACAUCAUCGGAGCUUUCUUCAUCAUCUGGCUGUGCGUCGUGGCUACAGGAGAGAACCUCGGACUUACGGACUACUGCAUCGAAGGUCCAUCAAAGCCAUAUGUAAUGCUGGCUAUCUUUGUACCUAUCUUCUACGACACCCUAGUAUUCAUCGCCAUAUCGUAUCAGCUAGUUUUUUUUUCAGGGAAAUACCUUCCUGCCUUCACUGCCUCUUCGCUCAGGAAUGGGCAGUUGUUCUACGCCGUCACUAUUCUUAGCAGUGUGCUAUUGGUGUUACUACACUACAUUACGGCGUUGCCCGUAGAGUACCGCGGGCUUCUCUCCGUACCCAACACAUUCAUAUGUAACGCCAUGGCCUCUCACGUGUUCCGCCAUACAAGGCUCCAACUCGCGGCCCAAAAGCCGAAUCUAUUGACGAUGCCCAGUACCAUUCAAUGGCAGCAGACACCUGGAAGCGCUGAGCUAGCAUCAACCCCCCUGCCAUAUACCGGUGCCAAUUCGACAAUCAAAGUGGGGGAGGAUAUAGGUGUUAUCGACAAUGUAUAA